UGAAUGUAUGGAAAUCUUUGGUCUCUCUCUCUCUCUACCGUUUCCAAUGAAGGUGAAGGGCACCCAAACACAGCAGCAAAGCCAUUCCGUUAGAUGACGACGGUUGUAGUUACCGUCGCCGUCAUCGCCCUAUUCGCAGCCCUGUCUCCGCCGCUUCCAGUAGUCCAUGGCUUCGGCGGCUCCGCCACCACCAUCGCCGUCGCCUACCGCUCCGCCACCGUCUGCGGCGUCGUGGCCGGGCAGUGGACUCGGCGGAUCCAAUGCUGGCGGAAUGGCCAGGUCAUCGACAUCCAGCCACAGGUCUCCUUCGACUACAUCGCCGGCGGCCGGGACAACUUCUGCGCCUUGAGGUCCGGCGGCCUCAUCCUCCUUUGCUGGGACUCCAACUUCGUCCCAAAAAGGGUAUACAACAACAAGAUGACGCCGUUGCGAGACCUCUCCAUGGGUGACGACCAAAUUUGCGCCAUAACCAACGGGACUGGAAGCGCGCUCUGCUGGAGAAUCUCGUCUCGGUCCCCAGAUGGGUCCGACCAUUUUCGGUCAAUCUCAUCUGGGUUAGGGUUUUCUUGCGGAGUUUUGACGAAUACCCACAAGGUAGUAUGUUGGGGAGGAAACAGAGCAAUGGCGGAUCAAAUCCAAUCUCUGUUUGUGAAUGUGUCCAUGUCAAGCAUAAUAGUCGGAGGCAGCCACGCUUGUGGGUUGACUCUAACUGGGUUGGUUGUGUGUAAAGGAAGCAAUGAAUCUGCCCAAUUGGCUGUUCCAUUCAAUUCGGCGCCAUUCGAGUACUCUGGACUUGCUCUUGGGGCCAAUCACAGCUGUGCCAUUCGCAGCUCAAACGGUUCUGUAGUUUGUUGGGGUGGCAAUGGAGAGUUUUCCAGCAGUGCCACAGAAGGGAUCUUCUUUGAAUCUAUUGUUGCAGGAUUUAAUUUUACCUGUGGAUUGACUACAAGUAAUCUUUCAGUGAUUUGUUGGGGGCCCGGUUGGCCUGGUGGUUACAACGUUUCUUCACUUCCAUUGCCAAAGAUUCUUCCAGGGCCUUGUGUUCAAUCUACAUGCAGUGAUUGUGGUAUAUACCCAGAGUCUCAAUCUCUCUGUUCCGGGUCUGGUAAUCUAUGUAGACCAUGUACUUCACCGGUUCCGGCGGCGCCACCAGCUUCGCCGCCGCCACUGGUGCCUCAACCAACUGUUACUCCGGCUCCGGCAUCUCCAUCUAAGGCUUUGAGCAAGGGCUUGUUGGCUUUUGGCAUAGUGGGAUCAGUUGGGGCCGUUUCAUGCAUCUGCACUAUAUUUUACUGCCUGUGGGCUGGGGGUUUUUGUGGGAACAAGAAGAUUCACAAUUCAGUUCAGCCGACUGUUACGGGGUCCAAUUCAAAUGCUGGGCAAGGAUCAUUUACUAGUCCCCUUUCGAGGUCAUCCACCAUCAGGCGACAAGGGUCUAGGGCAAUGAGGCGCCAGAGAAGUGGAACCUCUUCCAAGCAUGCAGACAGGGCCGAAGAGUUUUCAUUCUCCGACCUGGCUGCAGCUACCAACAACUUCUCGGCGGAGAACAAGAUUGGUGCUGGCAGUUUCGGUGUCGUGUACAGAGGCAAAUUGUGGGAUGGUCGCGAGGUUGCUAUUAAAAGGGGAGAGACGGGUCAUAAGACGAAGAAGUUCCAAGAGAAAGAGACUGCAUUUGAUUCAGAACUGGCGUUUCUGUCCAGACUACACCACAAGCACUUGGUUAGGCUUGUUGGGUAUUGUGAAGAUCGGGAAGAAAGGCUCUUGGUCUAUGAAUACAUGAAGAAUGGUGCACUUUAUGAUCAUCUUCAUGACAAGAACAAUGUGGAGAAGCGCAGCAGUGUUGUAAAUUCUUGGAAAAUGAGGAUCAAGAUCUCCUUAGAUGCUGCUCGUGGCAUAGAAUACCUCCACAACUACGCAGUUCCACCAAUCAUCCACCGAGACAUCAAGUCGUCCAACAUUCUGCUCGAUGCAAAUUGGACUGCUAGGGUAUCUGAUUUCGGAUUGUCAUUAAUGGGUCCGGAGUCUGAUAAGGAUUACAGGCCAACAAAGGCAGCUGGGACAGUUGGGUAUAUUGAUCCAGAGUACUAUGGCCUGAACGUGCUAACAUCCAAGAGUGAUGUGUACGGCCUAGGAGUGGUAUUGCUUGAGCUACUGACUGGAAAGAGGGCCAUAUUCAAGACAGGUGAAAAUGGGGGAGCACCAAUGAGUGUGGUGGAUUAUGCCGUGCCUGCAAUUGUAGCCGGGGAAAUAGGGAAGAUUUUGGACCCCAGGGUGGGGCCGCCGGAGGUAAAUGAGGCAGAGGCAGUGGAGCUUGUGGCAUACACGGCUCUGCAUUGUGUGAAUUUGGAGGGAAAAGAUAGGCCAACCAUGACUGAUAUUGUUGCUAAUUUGGAGAGGGCAUUGGCUCUAUGCAGUGACAGCCAUGGUAGCAUAUCUAGUGGUUCAAUAAUCUCUAUUGGUUCAGACUGAAAUCAUGCCCAACCCAAGAAACUAAAAAAAGGCAAAAAGAAAGACUGAUUUUUUUUUUCCUCCCCUGUUUGGUUUUCUUGUGUUAGUUUGUUGGAUGGUUUAUUUGGAUAUACACGUAUUUCGUUUUUGGAGAGAGUAGAGUAGAGUAUAGAGGAUCAUCUUCUUCUAGGUUCUAACAGUAGCUGCAGCAUAGGCAUUUUAGAACACUGACAUCCCUAGAAUUUUGAUUUUUAUUAUUGUUUGCAAGGCAUCAAUUAUUCUUCCACCUAUGAAGCCUGUGGUGUAUAGACAUUAUUGGAUUUGGAUGCGAUUCAUCGUGUAUCUGUGUAGUAAGCUUUCUCUUUCUUUCUUUCUUUGAACCUUGGCGGCAACUUCUCUACUCUCUUCCCCUUCCUUCCUGACAGCAUACCUCAAUUAUGGAGGUUUCAAUUUCAUAGUGUGUGUAUGUGUCUAUUAAUAAUAAUAAACUCAUGCUUUUGUGAAGCUA